AUGAAUUAAUAACAAUUUAUUCAUUCCUCUCGCAUAUCAACGGAGAUUGGGGAUGAGAAAAUGCUUCUGCAUAAAGACAAAUUGCUGCAAAAGAUUAUAGAGCAAGUGCAACUGUUAAUGUCGAACUCAAACUAGCAGCCAAUUGAGGGAGAUUAGCAAUUCUACGAUGGGUUCAAAUACGUGAUUGCUCAUUAAUAGAUAUCUGACAUGAAGUCGUAGGUCUCAAUGAGUUCCAAUAUUGAUUAACCUAGAAAAGCAUUUUCUAAUUAGGUUUUCACUAAAAUGUCUCAAAUACUGAAAAGUUACAGCACACAGUAAUACAAGGUUAGUAUUAAAAUCAAUUAACAAUUGCACUAUUUAGCAAGGGAUACGAUACGUACAAUUUAAGAGGCAUUUGAGGCUUGUUAGUAGGUUGAUAAAGUCUAAUUAUGCGGCAAAGAUGCCUCUUUCAAACAAUACGAUAAAUAUAUCAGAUAAUUGGAUUAAUUGGGUUUCUUUUGGGAAUAAUUACCUACUCUAGAAAAUAGAACUAUAACUAUAAAUAAGGAAACUAUAUCUUCUGAAAUUUCAUAGUUUUUGGAUCAAUGGGUGGAAACUUUGAUCCAGAGGUUUGAUUUUAAAUAGACCUCGCAAAGGCUCUAGCAAAAAUACUAAGCUGCUUCUAUUUAAUCUUCAAAGGCCUAACCUCAAGUUGAUCAUAGAUUAAGAAAUGCACACGAAUUAUUUGCAGGACUUGGCAGAGAGAAGGACUAGAUAGCAGCUCUGUAAUUGUACACCAAAUUAGCAGAGGAAAAUAAUGCAACAGCAUAAGCAAUAAUGGGAUAAAUUUGUUUAGAAGGAAUUACAGGUCCAAAAGAUUAUGAUUAAGCUUUCAGUUACUUUAAAAAGAGUGCAGAUUAAAGGAACACAUUCAGUUUGUAUCACACAUCGAAAUUGGUUUUGGAAGGAAGAGUAUUUGAUAAGUUCUCUGAUAAGGAAAGCAAUCACACUAUAGCCAGCAGUGAUGCAUAUAAUCGGAAUUAUGAUUGCAAUUUUGCCUUGACUCUCCUUAAAAGAGCUGCAGAAUUAGAUCACUUGGAAUCCAUGAUCUAUUUGGGAGAUCUUUACAGCAAUGGACUUCAAUUAUAGGAUUAUACCUUAGAGAAAGAUUACUCAAAUGCUGAAUUCUAUUACAAGUAGGCCAAAAAUAAGAAUUCUACAAAAGCCAUGCACAAAUUGGCUCUUCUUUAUCAAACCAUGUGCAAAUAACCACUAUACAAAAAUAGAAGCUAAUUGAUCUAGCCACUUUUGAAUUAGGCCAAAAAUCAAGAUUAUUUACCUGCCUUUUAUGAUUUAGGUUUGCUUCUGUAAUAGGGAUUACAAGAUGAGGUUGAAUCGAAUUAAGUGAUGGCUGAUUUGAUUUUUGAAUAGGGAUGUUUGAAGGGGGAUCUAAAAUGUGCUUAGAAGUUACUCAGUUUGAGAUUUUAAGCUUUAACUAAAGUUGAAGUGGCGAUUGAUGAUUUCCUCUCCUUGCUUGAUCAAAUUGAGGAAAAUAAUAAGGAUUGGACCAUUACCUAUUACAUGAGAGGAAAGGUUUACGAAAAGGGAGUUCAAGUGGAGAAAAACUUAAAGAAGGCUCAUGAAUAAUACAGAUUAGGUUACAUGAAGGGAUGCUAAAGAUGCAGAGUUCAAUUAGAGAAAUAUUAAAGGGAUACUAUUCCAACAGACAACAAUCCUACCAAUUCUUAGCAAUCUUCCUUAAAUCAAAGACAAACCAUUAAUGGAUUCAUAGAGCAAGUUAGACAAUCUGAAUGGAGAAAACCAUUUUAAAAGUAGAGGCAAUUCUCUAUUGGCAAUGUCUAAUAAAUCUUUAGCCUUGGCGAUAAUGAUGUUUAGUCUACAAUUCAAGAUCGAUAUACAAGAUUGACUGUUAGUAUUACUAGACCAAAGAAUCAAACCGACGAUAGAAAGAGGGGAGUAUCGGCUUCUGAAUUGCCACUGUAAGAUAUGGGGAGAAGCAUUCUCUUAUCAUAAAUGAAAUCUCCCGAAAAACCUCAUUAACAUUCUUAGUUUUGGUCUCCAAGAUUGGCAUCUUAGUAAUCUUAGGCUGGAUCACAAAUUACGAAUUCGACUACCAAAAAAAGAUUCAAUCUCAACAAAAUUCGAUAAAGCAACUUCCCAAGCAAUCAAUUUGAAAAUGUAGUUAAAUGA